AUGGAAGAUGUGGAAAUUGCGAUAAAAAGGUGAGAUUUUAUUUGGGCUUUUUUUUUAAUAUUUUGUGGAGGUGGGGUGUAAGAUAAAUAAAAAGUUUUUAGCUGAAAAAUAGAAAUCAUAUGAUCAUCCUUCCCUUAUAAAACACGAAAUCACUGAAAGUUGCACGUCAAAUUGUGCGUUUGUGUGAAAAAUGUGUAAAUACCAGACUUGACGUGCAAUCAUCUUUUAGACCAACCUAAUUGUAAGCGCCAUUUUCAAAAUAGUUCAUUUCAGCGUCGAUGAAGAUGAACAAAAGCAAGUUGCUGUAAUUCCAAUCGUGACUGAGCAUGAUAAGGAACUCUGACAGAUGAGGAAAAAGCAAAACUCGAUUUGUUAGUAGGAACUUCGAAUGAAGAAGACAACGACACUUCGAACAAGAAUGGAGUUGAAAAUAUCACAAUCAGUAAUGGGGACAUCAGUAAAAAAAUGCAGAGGAUGCGAUUAUUCAGCAAUUCCAAGUGAAAAAUUCGGACUUUCAAUUCUUCGAAGAUUUAAUUGGAAAGAUGGUGAUGGAAUAGGGAAAAAUUCUCAAAAAUUGCAUUGAGGUUACCAAAGGUCACCUGGAUUAGGACUCGAAGCAACUCCCAAAAACCCUCCAGCAAACGGAAUACAAAACGUCUGUGAUAAUAAGAAAGAAGAAGUGAUCGAGAUAAAAAAGGGACAUGUAUCAAAAUCAUCGAUAUAAGAAGUAAAGGUUUAUAUGGAAAAUUGAAGCCAGAGAUGAUAAUACAAAUAGUUUAUUUGUGAAAUUGGCUAUUGGAUGGAUAUCCAGCAAAGUUAGCUCAUAUCAAAGUUAGUUCAAGAAAUUUGUGUGAAAGAAUAUGAAAGAGAUGCCAAACGUUUGAGUAAGUUUUUAUAUGAGGUAGUGAACAUUUCUUUUUCAUAGAUAAUGCUGAACAUGAGAAAGAAAAGGAGAAGAUUGAGAAACAAAGAGAGGAAAAAGAGGUGAAACAUUUGAAAGAACCUUCAACAUCUACUGUUGAAAAAUCAGAAAAAUCAUGGAAAAGGUGGGUCAGCUUAAUUUCGGGAUUUUUGAAAAUUGGAUUUUUGAAUUUCAGAUUUCGGAGCUGGAAACAAUUCGAACAAAGCUGGAAAUGA